AUGGCUGUUCCUCCUCUAGAUGAAGUCCCUUACAAAACGGUCGACUUUGAUCCAAACCCAGUGGUUCCCAAAGACGUUACCCACGUGGACUUUCGGGAUGAUACGGGUCGAACCGCCUUAUCGUUUGCUGCCCAAGCUGGCGACGUUGAGGCCAUUCACAAGUUGUUCGACAGGCAGGCAGAUGUUGAACUGGCCGAUACAGAUGGACAUACACCCUUGCUCUGGGCAGCACGUGAAGGCCAUGAAGAAGCUAUCAAGUGCCUUGUGGAUCAUGGUGCCCGGAUAGAAGUCAAAGAUGAGCCAUAUGGGCGCACGGCGUUGUCUUGGGCCGCUGCUAACGGACACACUGGCGUUACACGGGUACUACUCCUGAAAGGUGCGGAUGUUAACGCAGCCGAUGAUAUGAAUCACACCCCGCUAUCUUUGGCAGCUUCAACAACAAACGAAGACCUCUUGCAGCUUCUCCUUGAUGCCAACCCAGAUCUCGAGACCAUAGACCAUGAGACUUUGAGAACGCCACUCCACUGGGCGACUUUCAAAAACAGACCGGCGAACGUAGAGCUGCUUCUAAAGUAUGGAGCCUAUAUCGAAGCCACUGCUACGGGAUUCAAAUCGGCGCUGUAUGUAGCUUCGGCAAAUGGAUACCUUGAUGUCGUCCAGCUACUCCUCAAGAAGGGGGCAGACACGAAAGCCUCUGAUCCUAUAAUGCAUCAGGCUCCUUUGUCAGUCGCAUCUGAGUUUGGACAUGAAGAUGUGGUCCGAGUGCUAUUGGCACACGGGGCUGAGGUUGAUGCCGAGGGUUGCAAAGGCAUUACCGCGCGGGACCCAGCUGUUAAAAAGGGGCACACUGAGAUCACUAAAUUGCUCGAAACUCACCAGGGGUAG